CCCAAAAAUUCCCAACUACUCUCUCCUAGAUCUUUCUCAAAACUAUCAACUCUAUAUAUAACCAGUCUCCAUUUCUCCUUCUCAUUCAGUUCACUGCCAUAAAACUGAAUCAAGCCAAGAACUUUUCUCGAUCUGUUGAUAUAGCUCUCUCUCUUCUUCUUCUUCUUUCUACAGAGCCACCACCCUCUCAAAUGGAAACCCUUUUGGUGAUUUACAGUGUGGUGGUGGCAGCGUCGGCUUACCUUCUCUGGUUCUCCCUCUUGGCUCGUCGGCUCACCGGCCCCAAGGUCUGGCCGCUGGUCGGAAGCCUUCCGCUUCUCUUCAUGAACCGGCGGCGCAUCCACGACUGGAUCGCGGGGAACCUCCACGCCACUGCCGGCGCUGCAACCUACCAAACUUGCACUAUUUGCUUGCCUUUCAUAGCUCAGAGACAAGGGUUCUACACGGUCACUUGCCAUCCCAAGAACAUCGAGCACAUUCUUCGAACCCGGUUCGAUAACUAUCCCAAAGGGCCGCAGUGGCAAGCAGCGUUUCAUGAUUUGCUGGGACAAGGCAUUUUCAACAGCGACGGCGAGACGUGGCUGAUUCAGCGCAAAACCGCCGCUCUCGAGUUCACGACCCGGACACUCCGGCAGGCGAUGGCCCGGUGGGUGAACCGGACGAUUAAGACCCGCCUCUACCGCAUUUUAGACACGGCCGCAAAUGAAAAGAAGUCGGUGGAUUUACAGGACUUGUUGCUUCGCUUAACUUUCGAUAAUAUUUGCGGGCUCACGUUCGGUAAGGACCCGGAAACUCUCUCCCCGGAUCUGCCCGAAAACCCGUUUUCUGUCGCGUUCGACUCGGCUACUGAGGCUACUCUGCAGAGGUUGCUUUACCCGGGCUUUCUAUGGCGAUUGAAGAAGAUUUUCGGCUUUGGAGCCGAACAAAGGCUUAGGAAGAGCCUCGACAUUGUUGAAAAUUACAUGACCGAAGCUCUUGCUGUCCGGAAGGAUAAUCCAUCGGACGAUCUCUUGUCUCGCUUCAUGAAGAAGAGAGACGUCGAGGGAAACCUCUUUCCAGACGGAAUCCUCAAACGCAUCGCUCUGAACUUCGUGCUCGCUGGCCGAGAUACUUCCUCCGUCGCUCUGAGCUGGUUCUUCUGGCUGGUGAUGAACAACCAAGACGUCGAAGACAAGAUCAUAAACGAAAUAACAACAGUUCUAAAAGAAACCCGCGGCGAAGACCCUCGGGCCUGGAUCGAAGAGCCGCUAGUCUUCGACGAAGCAGACCGGCUGGUUUACUUAAAAGCCGCAUUGACAGAGACGUUGAGACUUUACCCCUCCGUGCCGGAGGACUUCAAGUACGUAGUCUCCGACGAUGUCUUGCCGGACGGAACUAGAGUUCGGGCUGGAUCGACGGUGACGUACUCGAUAUACUCGGUGGGGAGAAUGAAAUCCAUAUGGGGAGAGGAUUGCUUGGAUUUUAAACCGGAGAGGUGGCUCUCGGCCGAUGGAGACCGGUUCGAACCGCCAAAAGAUGGGUACAAAUUCGUGGCGUUUAACGCCGGUCCGAGAACCUGCUUGGGCAAAGACUUGGCUUACUUGCAAAUGAAGUCGGUGGCGUCGGCGGUGCUGCUCCGGUACCGGUUGUCACCGGUUCCCGGCCACCGGGUGGAGCAGAAGAUGUCGCUGACGCUGUUCAUGACGAACGGUCUUCGCGUGUACUUGCAUCCGCGUGCGCUCGGCAACACGUCAGCGUAAGAGGGGAUGUUUUCGUCUUUCCGUGAAACUUUGUCCCGCCUUUCCGUAAUUGUCUAUUCGUUUGGUCGUCGUGUCUCAGUUCAAAAGGGUAUAUUGGUCAUUUAAUUUGUAUCUACUUUUGUCGUCGCUGCCGCCAAGUGUUGUUUUCUUUGGCUUGUUGAAUUUGAGAAUGCCCGCUGGCUAUAUAUAGGAGGGUAUACUGGUCAUUUCAAAAUUUGCUAUCUUGUAUCCCCAUUGGUUUUCACUUUUCACACUUUUUAUCAUCGAUAAAUAAAGCAUAUAAAUACAUUUUUAAUUUUUAUAUUAA